AUGUUGUGCUCAAUAUCUGGAGAAGCUCCACUGCAACCUGUUGCUUCAUCGAAAUCAGGCAACAUUUUCGAAAAACGACUUAUUGAAUCAUAUAUUGCAGAAAAUCAUAAAGAUCCAGUUACCGGGGAAGAUCUCGAAAUUGCAGAUCUAAUCGACCUCAAAUCCGCCAAAAUCGUUACUCCUCGACCUCCGACUCUCACAUCGAUUCCUUCUCUCCUUUCUACUUUCCAAAACGAAUGGGAUGCAUUAGCGUUGGAAAGCUUCACUAUACGACAACAAUUACAUCAGACUCGACAGGAGUUGUCAACAGCAUUAUAUCAACAUGAUGCAGCCGUGAGGGUUAUUGCGCGGCUGACGAAGGAGAGAGAUGAGGCUAGAGAUGCGUUAAGCAAGGUUUCAAUUGGAGCUGGAAAUUCUGGAAAUGGUGAUGCUAUGCAGGUUGAUACUCAAGGCCUCCCAGAAAACUUGGCGAAUCUGGUCGAUGCUACACAGGCUGAGCUUUCCAAAAGCCGUCGAAAGCGACCUGUUCCAAAAGGAUGGGCUACCGCGGAGGAUAUUGGCCAAUUUAAGAUCGCUGCUACUUCGGAACCUUUAUACCCUGGAUGCACUUCACUCGCUCAGAAUGAAGACAAGUUAAUCGUUGGUGGAUCGAAAGAGGUAGGUAUCUAUUCAUUGACGCAACAAAAGAUCAUAAAGUCGUUUGAGGUCGGAGGUCCAGUCACAGGAGCUGCUUUCUCCAGCAGCAUGCCUAUUGUGUCCACUGCAAAUGGAGUUGUAAAGUUGUUGGGGGAUGAAGAACAUACAUUUACAUCGCAUGCUGGUGCAGUCAAUGCUCUUGCAUUACAUCCGAGCGGUGAAAUUCUAGCAUCUGUUGGUGUCGACAAGAGCUUUGUAUUUUAUGAUCUGGCUGAGAAGAAGGCAAUCAUUCAAAUUUAUACAGAUUCAGAACUUAAAACGGCGGCUUUCCAUCCAGAUGGUCAUCUUUUUGCGGCCGGCGGUGUUGAUGGCCAAAUCAAAUUAUUCCAUGUUAAGACGGGUGAGAGUGCUGGUGUAAAUUUCGAAAUAGUUGGGCCUGUCCAGGAUGUCGCCUUUUCUGAGAAUGGUAUAUGGUUUGCCGCUGUUGCCAAAGGAUCUACUAGUGUUGUGAUUUUUGACAUCAGAAAAGAAGGAAAGGCUGCAGAGGCAAAGGUUUUAGAAAUUGGUGGACCAGUUGAUGCUAUUCAGUGGGAUUACACGGGUCAAUUUUUGGCAGCCUCGGGACCAAGAGGGCUUACCAUCUCUCAAUACACCAAAUCUACAAAAUCCUGGUCGGAUGCUACGAGCUUAGCUUUGCCAGCAACUGCAGUGCAGUGGGGUGAGGAGGCGAAGAGUUUAAUCACCGUUAAUAAUGAGGGAGUUGUUACGGUUCUUGGUGUAGCUCCUGAAUGA